CUUCAGGUGUCGUUCCUCUCACGACUUCACGCUGCCGCUGGGGAGGCGUGCCUUCCUUGCCAGACGAGCCUCGUCGGGUGGCUCACCCAAUUAGUAAAGCAGACAGAACAAUAUAAAAUCAAUCUUUACUGAAAAAAACCAGAACCUGAUUAAGAACAAAUUUAAAAGCUGAGUCUUAAAAGGUUUAGAACGCCACAGAGAGAAGCUGAAAGCUGCAGACAAAACAUUGAAAACCCCCUCUAAAAGAUGGGUCUUUAGCUGGUUGGUUGGUUGUUUUUAAAUUCCUGAGGAAAAUGGCUGGGUGAAGCUCCUUCAGAAGGCGUUGCAAAAUUCAAGCUCCACCAACCGAAAAUCAUGCUGACUUAAAGAUAAAACAGCCCUGCUAACUGGGCAAAGAAGAGGCACUAAAGUGGGAGCUCUCUUGGUUGGGGGAAGCAACUUGUCCCUAUUCAGCCCCCCAAAACAGCAUCCAUGGAGUCUUGUUUGUGAGGCCUUCAGGGCAGAGAACCAUCUUUUUUUAUAUAUGAAAAAAAGUAAACUUUGCUUUGACAAACUUUGCUUUUGUGACGAAAAGCAGUAUAUAAACUGUAUUUUCUUCUUCCCAACAAUUAGAUUCCUGCACUGUAUAAUCUAAUAACCUUAGUGCUUAUACAGCUACAGCGGCGUAACUAGGUUGGAGUGGGCCCUGAGACAAGAUUCUUAAAUGCCCCCCGCCGUCACCGCUUACCUCUCCUUCCUCUGGCCCGAUGUCUCUGCUAACUAUCCCAACUAGUUGCAAGGUAUAGAUAACACGAAAGCAGAACCAACUAAUACAACAGUGAGUGAGUGAUACGGAAAACACACACGUUGAUUUUGUAUUGGUUUAUACAUAUUGGGUUCGUUUGCGUUCAUUGCGCUGUUGGUGCAAUGAUAGGAAAGUUUUGGAGUUGCACGGUGAAAGGCACAGAGGCCUCUUACUGUGCAAGAGAUGAGGGCAUUCCUUCCUUUCCAGGGGUUGCACAUAAUCCAUGAAGGCGUGUAAGGAUUUGGAGGCACUUCUGGACAGUUCUGGAGUCCUCCUCCGAGCGGUUUGUUUGUGAACGGUUUUGUUUGCAGGCGGUUUGUUUGCAGGAGUCCGCUUGCUUGCCAGGGGCUUGUUGGAGGAGUAAAGGGGUAGAUUGUGAUCAGAUGCUUGUCAAUGCUGGUUCUCCCGUCCCCCACAUCACCCUCAAAGAACCAUUUAUGAAUGUAACUUGUUGAAUCUGCCAAAUGAUGGAGGAAAUACAAGUGUGAGGCAGUGGUUUGUUUGCGAGCGGUUUUGUUUGCAGGCGGUUUGUUUGCAGGAGUCCGCUUGCUUGCUCAGCCAGCCAAUGGAUGGGGAUUUGGGGAAGGAGGAGGAGCCCCCACGAUGCAAAGGGUGGACUCGCGGAGACAAACAACAAGGAAAUAGGCGGCGCCAGAACAAGGAGGAGAAAAUUUUUUAAAAAUCAAUUCACAAGGAAGAUCGGGUAGGCGCUGGGUGGGGGAGAGCCUCUGAGGGCCCCCCCGAAGGCGGGGGCCCCUGAGACAAUGGCCUCCCCCUACCUAAUUGUAGUUAUGCCCCUGUACAGCUAACAGAACAGGGCUAAAAGCGAAGUAUAUCAUGAAUAAUAUGGAGAAAAUGAACGGAGGACAUAUUGAAAAAAGCAUCUAAUGUAGACAACACACAAAUAAAUUAAAAAAUAUAGCUAUGAUGAAGCAAAACACAAGAGUAUUUGUUCUUAAGAGUUAGGAAAUAUCCACUGUGCUCCUCCUGUCCUGGAAUUUGUUUGGAUUGCUACGUACCAGGCCACAGAGUAAUUGAUGUGAUGUUGCUCCUAGAGAUUGUGCUUUUUGUAAAGGCCAUUGCUGUUUUUUGGAACUCAAGCUUAUGGGAAUGGAAAGUUGGAAUUUAGAGGGAAGUGAGUGCCCCUCUAUCAGAUAAAAAGAGAAGACACAGGUGUUGCUCAGAAAGGAAAGUAGAAAACCUGGUUCAGAAGACAGAGCUGUAGCAAUGAUCUCCUGUUGGUCUUCCCUGUAUGUUUAUGUUUUCAUUCUCAUGGUGAGCCAGAGGACCUUUGCCUUGGACAAAUAUACUGCAGCAGUAUAUGAGCACUCAGUCAUACUGCCAGACAGCACUGAAAAGCCUGUUUCUUCUGAAGAAGCUUUAAAACUGAUGAACAAAAAUAUUGACAUUUUGGAAGAGUCCAUCAAAACAGCAGCAAAGCAGGGUGCACGCAUCAUUGUGACUCCUGAAGAUGGCAUCUAUGGUUUUCGCUUCACAAGAGAAACAUUUUAUCCCUACCUUGAAGAUAUUCCAGAUCCGCAAGUGAACUGGAAUCCAUGUAUUGACCCAGAAAGAUUUGGAUUUGCCCCCGUCCAAAAGAGACUGAGCUGCCUGGCAAAGAACAACUCUAUCUAUGUGGUUGCCAAUAUUGGAGACAAGAAGCCUUGUAAUUAUGCUGACUCCAAGUGCCCCAGUGAUGGUCACUAUCAGUACAACACAAAUAUUGUCUUUGAUUCAGAUGGAAAACUGGUGGCACGUUAUCACAAGUUCAAUCUCUUCAUGUCCGAAGUCCAGUUUGAUUCCCCUAAAGAGCCUGAAUUUGUGACCUUUGAUACUGCCUUUGGGAAAUUUGGCAUUUUCACAUGCUUUGAUAUACUGUUUCAUGAUCCUGCCGUGGCUCUGGUGAGCAAGCACCAUGUGGACACGAUCCUCUUCCCUACAGCUUGGAUGAACGUUCUUCCACAUUUAACUGCUAUUGAAUUCCAUUCAGCAUGGGCUAUGGGCAUGGGCGUCAAUCUGCUGGCAUCUAAUACUCAUCAUCUUGGCAUUAACAUGACAGGCAGUGGUAUCUAUGCACCAGAUGGAUCCCGAGCAUAUCAUUAUGAUGCAAAAUCUGAGAAAGGCCACCUUCUGGUUGCAGAACUGUAUUCCCACCCUUCACUUUCUCCCACCUACCUUCCGACAAUUAACUGGAGUUCAUAUGCCACAACGAUCAAGCCAUUCUCUGAGAACCCUAAUUUCACAGGAAUUGUUUUCUAUGAUGAAUUCACCUUCUCUGAGCUCACCAGAGAAUCUGGCAAUCUUACAGUGUGCCAGAAAGAUUUUUGCUGCCAUUUGAGUUACAGGAUGACAGAACUGCGAGAUGAUGAAGUUUAUGUACUAGGUGCCUUUGAUGGACUUCAUGAGACUGAAGGCGAAUAUUACUUACAGAUAUGUACGUUGCUGAAGUGUAGAAGUACAGAUAGGCAGACUUGUGGCCAGCCAGUGACUACUGCCUAUACCCAUUUUGAUGCGUUUAGUCUCAGUGGCACCUUUAGCACUAACUACGUCUUCCCAGAAGUCCUGCUCAGUGGAGUUCAGCUGGCACCCGGAGAGUUCCAGGUUUUGAGCGAUGGGCAGCUGAUCAGUCAGAAUCGUACAUCAAAGCCAGUGUUAACGGUGACACUGUUUGGGAGAUGGUAUGAGAAAGAUCCACCAGUCGGUCUUGGCCUCUCUUUUUCCCUUUCUGCUGUGUGCCUGGCCUUCACCUUUGCUUUCAGCCAGUUACCUUAGGGUUCAGCAACUGGGCAGGCGAGGCUGUCCUAAUGGGUUUCUUUUAGCUGAGCUAGAUUCUGCAGUCCAGCUGCACACCCACAAAGGAAAUCUUAACCACUGACAAUAAUAUAUGAAUACUGUAUCAAAAACAACAACAUCCUUCUUAGAAUAAUUUCUUUGAAACACAAAUAAUUCAUUAAAUUUAGACUAAAUUCUUUACUGCUUUGCUGGAAUGAAACCAGUUCAGAUACAGUCAGGGAACACAUGUCAGUUAUCCAAAAUUGUAGAUCCAGAGUAAAUUUGGAUCCUUGUAGCAAUUCCCCAAGCUUGAAGAGUCCAUAAUUCUUGAUAUAAGGAUAAAUUCCUUAUACAGGAAUAUGACUCCAAAGAACAUGAACAUCUUUAACUGACAAUGAUCGCUGUAAAGUCAUGUUUACAAUCUUAUGAACUUCAAGCCAAAAUGCAACAAUUACAGGACAGGACCAGACCAUAUGAGUAUUCCCACAUCCAAAUUACAUCUCCAGCAACUAGAAGUCUGCAGCCAGUCCUUAUUAAAUAUUCUCUGAAGUGUCCAAUAAAUACAAUAUAAAUGUUUAUGUUGUAUUAACCUCAUUUUUAGAUCCAAAGAAAAAUGCUUCACUGCCUUCAAGGCAGCUCACCAUAGGUUUGGAAGAAUAGGAUACUCAAGUUCAUUAUUCCAAAGAUCUCAAAUGUAAUCUGUAUCAAUCUUGACUAUAUCUUUAAGUUUUUGAUAAAGGAGAGUUACUGGUUUUGGUGGCUCUGAUAAAUGCUCCAAAUAUAACAACAGAGAUUGAGUUUCAGAAGCAGCAAUUGCGUCAUGACCAAAAAGUUGUUCUAGCAAAUGUUUUAAAUUGAAUCUUGAGAAGAACCCACUAUUAAUAUUUAAAUAUAUAAAACACCUCAGCAGGUGUAUCUCUUACUGUGCACAACACUUCCUCUCAGCAAGUGUUGAGGAAAAGGCCCCAUUCUUGCCCUACAAAAAGGGGAAUUGGUACUACAUCCAAACAGCAUGGUAACCUCUUUGACUUCCAUCGAUAACUUAUUUUGAGAAUAAAACCACAGCUGAGCAUGUUAACUGGUAAUGUAUAAUGGCUGACAUACUGCUUAGUGAGUUGUGAAUACAAGAGGGAUCAGUGCUCACUGCUUUUAAACCACCCUUCAGUACAUUGGCACUGCUAGUGAUGACAGGGGCUCCUUCAUGCCACCAACACAUUAAGGCUGUUCACACGACCCUGUAUAGCUGGGGAGCAGGAGGCAGCAGGAUUGCUCUUACUUCUCUCCCCCCACCCCCCGAUUAUCUCUUAAUUUUCCUUAGGCUGCACAGCUCGCACUCCCACAGGAGUGGCGCUGCCUGGAGCUGAAUGGCCAUCUGGUGGACGGGAAAACAAAGCCCAGCCUCCAGAAAUCCCUCAAUGCACUGUGAGGAGGCAGGCAGAUGAAGCAGAAACACGACCGGGAGCUGAGGCAGAAGGGCACACUUGUGCCCUUUUAAGGGUGUGCAGAACCAGUUCUAUUCUAACCUUGUUUGAAUAGGCCUGACCCAAAAAAGGGGUGCUGCUCCAAGUUUGAGCUGAACCAGCCCGAGUUCUAAUGAACCAGUUUGGGGACAUGCCUGUAAAGGGGAAUCCAAUGAGGAUUCCCCUUUACAAGCAAAGGAGGAACCCUGCCUACCUAAAAAAAGAAAAUCCUAAUAGCGGUGGGUGAGAGGGCAUCUGUAGUCUGAGGAGGGCAGUGGCAUGCCAGCUCCUCUCCAGACCAGGACUGGUGCUCCAGCAUGGCCCAGUUCUGGCUUCAGUGCGUACGGUUCCAUCAGGAACUGGACUGUGCGGAGCGCCGGUCCUGGUCCAGAGAGGAGGAGCAACACCACCACUGCCCUCCUCAAACUACAGAUGUCCUCUCACCUGCCCCAUAAGGAUUUUUUUUAAAGUAGGUAGCCCCCCCCCGCACUUGUAAAGGAAUCGUCACUGGAUUCCUGUUUACAGGCAUGCCCCCGUGAACCAUCGAACUAGUUCCAAACCAGUUCAGCUCAGUUUGCCACUCGAACCGAACUGGGGACCGGUUCGACUCAAACUGGCUUACUGUCCAGUUCGAAUUCAACUUGAACUGAACUGCCAGAAUUUAAUCGUGCACACCACUAGCACCCUUCAACCUCCAUAAUAGCCUGGGACAAAAACUCAGGCUACCCGGCGGGGCAGCAGUGGGAUCAGGCCAAUCCCUGCACUCCUCACGUGCCGCCCUACCUGGGUAGGGCUGUUCAUGUGAACAGCCUCAUUGUUUCCAUUAUUCAUUGGGAAUGAUGCGAGUAGGUUGCACUGCAUGUUGGUGGCACGGAGGAGCCCACACUAUUUUAAGCAGUACCGAUGGACUGGUAAGUAGCUCGCUGUGCAGUAUGUCAGCCAAUAUGAAUAGUGAAGGAUUCUAUUAUUGGAUAUAUAGAUUGAUUUACUAUUAAUUUAAUAAUCCUAGUAAUACAGCAUGAGCAGAAUAGAAAGCCAGAGGGACAGCAAAUAGUUGACCUUAGAUAAGAAGUGAAGUUAGAACAGGCUUCUGGGGGUGGGACUGGGGAGAUAUUCAUAAUCACCAGCAGAAUACCAGAUAUGUGAGGAAAGACAGCUAGGAGCAGCUGGUAGAACAUCUGUCAGGAAACUGCAGAGAAUAUGAGAGGACAAGAUCAAGUUACAGUAGAACAAAGAGAAAGAGGAAGCUAGUGAGAUCCAAGGAGUGCAUUGGGUGUGGUACUCCAGCUUGGCUCCAAGAAAACGGGAAGUGAUGGCUCAGACAGGGAAUUUGUAGAGCACCCUUAGUAGUGAGUUAGGAGUGAUAGAGUCGUUCUCCUCAGAGAACCAAUCCUCUUUCCCAAAGAUUUGGUGAGUAGGAAUGAUCCAUCUUAAAGCUAUCUGGCCAGAUACCAGAUGGUUGAGUGUUGUUGACAGAGAACUCUUACACAAUGGAACAGAAUACUAAAUGGCUUAAAGAUAUAUGCAAUUUGCUGCUUCUAAACCUAGCAUUUUUUGAGUGACUUGUGUAUUGCUUCAGGGUUUUAAGCCCCAUAUCACAUAAAAUUGUUGUACAAUAGCUUUGGCCAAUACUAAAUAGGCUAUGAUAGCUUAGGCUAAAGUUUUUAUCUGUCUUUUAAAUUGGGAUUUCCUUUCUAUUCUUAACUCUGCCACCUAAUUUAUAACUGGCAAUAUAACUCUCUGAAAUAUUUGACCACUAAUGUUAAGAUUUAACUAUCAUCGAUCUCAUCUUUUAAGUAUUAAAACUUACUUUUGUGUUGUGAUCUCUUUAUAUUUUUUAUUUCUUGAUUCUGUUAAGUCUGACUUUUGUUUAUAAGGGAUUUAUGUGCUAUGAUAGUCAAUUUUGCUGUAACCCUUAUUCUCGUGAGCAAUCAUUGUAUAAUUUAUUCUCAUUGUAACCUGCAUGCUUGGACUACUCAGUACAAUUUGUUAACCUUUUAA